AUCGAAAGUCAUCAGAACUAGAAAGCACAAAUUAAUAGAACAAACAUGUUGUUUCAUAACUCUAAUCCAAAUAGGACAGUACUAAUUGUGAUUUCAUUUUGCUCACUUUUCGUAUUUCGGUCAGCUCUAGUCAAUGCUUCGUUCCUAAGGCAGACGUACAACCAGCCACAACAGCCUUGCAUCGCCAAUCGCCAAUUGAGAUCCUUUGCCCAGCAAGAGGAAUUGACCGAAGACUAUGUUGCCCCACUUGCAAACCAAGAUUUACAGUGCGGAGUUGCCAAUAGUCCAGCGGCAGACACAAGGAUCGUUGGUGGAUCAGAAACACAACCCAAUGAAUAUCCGUGGACCGUAUUUUUAAACUUAUAUUUUUGGAGUGGAGACAGAGCUACGUGUACUGGGACACUUAUCGGUUCCAGAUGGAUUCUAACUGCCGCUCAUUGCACCUUUGGGGCUGUCAACGUAUCAGUCAUUUUAGGAUCACACGACACGUCAAUUGGGGACAAUGAGCCUCAUCGUCAAACAUUUGUUGUAUCCGCUCGCAACAUCAAAACUCAUCCGGAUUACACGUUUGGCGAGGUGGAGGACGAUAUUGCUUUGGUAGAACUACCGCAAGAUAUCACCUAUUCUAAAUUCGUCCUGCCAGCCUGUCUUCCCUUUUCCGAUGAGCCUGAUCUAGUGGGAGAGCCAGUCAUUCUAGUCGGAUGGGGAAAUUAUUCUAGCACUCCCGAUUCUGGUCUCAGUCCUCAAUUGCGCCGAGUGCAGACAUCUGUCAUUUCUUCCUACGGCACUAACGGUCAAUGCCAGCAAGAAGCUGGUAAAGGAGCAUUUUCCGGCGAUAAAAUUAUUUGUGGCGACGGAUCGCAAGGCCAUCGUUUUUGCUACGGUGACGAUGGCGGCCCGAUGAACCACUACAACAACUUGACUGGAACGUACACUGUCGCUGGAGUGGCAUGGGUUGGCGAUGCAACUGUCAACUGCCAAAGCUCUGGAUUGCCUACCCUUUACGCCCGCGUUCGCAAUUAUGUCGACUGGAUUUACAAUAAUACCGAUAUUGCCCCAACUCCUAAACCGACAACAACGACCACCACUACGACAACAACGACAGAAGACCCAACAGUUUUCAGUUGCAGGAAUAAGCCGGAUGGUGUCUAUGCCAAUCCGUUCGACGACUGUUCCACCAUUUUCUACAUGUGCUCCAACUAUAUCAAAUCAGAAAUGAUUUGCCCGGAUGCUGGUACAGUUUUUAACCCAGCUACAUGCUAUUGCGACUAUCCCUAUAACGUUCUGGCUUGUGGACUACAUAUCGAGAAUUGGAUCUAUUCCUGCAAAUUUUCUGUAUCACCGAAAAUGAAGCUGGCCUUUCUAGUCUUUUUCCUUGCAACUUUGCUUGCUGCUGUCCUCGGACAAACAGGAGAAUUUUAUCCGUGUAAAGCGGAUGUGUUUUCUGCUCGAGCAGUCUUAUUGCACCAGGAGCCUAAAGUCAACGUACAGUGUGGUAUUGCUAAUCAAAUGAGUUCACGCAUCGUCGCUGGCUCGGUGGUGACUCCCAACGAGUUUCCCUGGAUGGCCUUUCUGCGAAUUACUUUUUGGAGUGGAGAUUCGGCUAUGUGUGGAGGUACGGUCAUCGACGGUCGCUGGAUCUUAACGGCCGCCCACUGCACAUUCGGCGCCGUUAGCAUUACUGUCAUUUUGGGCGCUCACGACAUUACCCUGAGCAGCAGCGAUGCCAACCGACAAGAGUUUACCAGUCACAAGUGGAUUGUUCAUCCGUCCUGGAGUUAUGGCGAUGUGGAGAAUGACAUAGCAAUCAUUGAACUACCUUUCCCUGCAACCUUCUCUGAAUAUGUCCGACCGGCUUGUCUUCCAUAUGUGGAUGAUCCUAACCAACUUGGCAACCCAGUCACGCUCCUUGGGUGGGGCAAUUAUUCCAGCAUUCCUGAUAGCGGAUUUAGCACUUAUUUGAGAAAAACUUUGACGACGGUCAUAUCGUCAGCGGGCACAACUGGCCAGUGUCAACAGCAAUCAGGAGUGGGAUCUUUUUCUGGCGACAAAAUCAUUUGCAGCGAUGGAUCUCAAGGCCGCCGUUUCUGCUACGGCGAUGAUGGUGGACCGAUGAACUUUUACGAUUCGUACUGGGGAACGUACUCUGUUGUCGGUAUCGCCUGGAUAGGCGACAAGAGCAGCGAUUGCCAAAAUUCACGGCUGCCCAACAUCUACACUCGAGUCAGUUACUACGUCAACUGGAUUUACAACAAUACAGACAUCGUGCCAACUCCCAGACCUGUCACAACGACGACUACAACCACGACGACUACAACCACGACAACGACACGACCUACAACAACGACACGACCUACAACAACUACCCCGACCACUACUCCAACAACGACCCCGACAACCACUACGACUACACCGACCCCAACGAGCUAUCCAUCCGGAUUUGAUUGCAAAGGGAAACCGAACGGAGUAUAUCCUAAUCCGUGGGACGAUUGUUCUCGAACAUUCUUUUAUUGCUCCAACGAAUUCGUCUACGAAUACGUAUGUCCGGAUGCUGGAACCGUUUUCAAUGAAGUGCUGUGCGAAUGCGACUAUACAGAGAAUGUGGCCGGAUGUUGGGACGAGGUAAAAAAGACGACUGCGUUAUCGAACUCAUUGUGGGCUGAAACAUUCGAUCGACACAGAAAAAAGCGCAAGUCAAUCAUGUUGUCGAACCAACGAGUCGUUUUGACUCUCUUCGCCUAUUUCAUCUUCGCUUCAAUUUACGUCGAAGCUUUCAACAGCAGGGUGACGCAAUGUCCAGCAUUUGCUCUUAGUUCAAUUAUGUCAACGCGAUCUUCGAGGUAUCACCUACCAGUCAAAUCAGAGUCGCCCGAAAAAUCCCAACAACCUGAAUCGUUGUCCAACAAGGAUGAGAGGAUCGUCGGUGGCCAGGAAACGACUCCCAACGAGUUUGGUUUCAUGGCUUAUUUGGAAGUGGAAUUCUGGAACGGCGAUGUUGCCAAGUGCGGUGGAACACUCAUCAGUGAACGUUGGAUCUUGACGGCUGCUCAUUGCACAGUCGGUGCCGUUAAAGUCGCAGUUUCGUUGGGAGCCCAUGAUGUCAGUCCUGGCAGCACUGAUCAACAUCGAGUAAUAUUCAAUCUGGAAGGUGCAGCUGCCCAGUCUAUCAAUUAUCCUGGAUGGUUUAUCGGCAAGGUGGAAGAUGACAUUUCUCUCAUCAAGUUGCCACAAGACGUCGUUCUUAAUCAAUGGAUCAAACCGACAAGAUUGCCUUAUUCAGACGAUCCUGAUCAAGUUGGCGACCCAGUUCUGUUGACUGGAUGGGGAAAUUACUCCAGCACACCUGACAGCGGAUUAAGUCCUGUUCUCCGUCAAGUUGGCACCACAGUAAUUUCGCACUCGACUUGCGAAGCAACUGCCAGUCAGGGCUCUUUUUCCAACGACAAAAUUAUCUGCGGAGAUGGAACACAAGGACGCCGCUACUGUUACGGAGAUGAUGGUGGCCCAAUGAACGACUACCGAGAAGAUGAACAGGAAUGGUUUGUUAUUGGCGUUGCUUGGUUCGGUGAUAAGACCAGCGAUUGCCAGAGUUCCGGCAAACCCAACCUGUAUGCCCGAGUCAGUAGCUACGUCGACUGGAUCCACAACCAGACGGGUAUCCCACCACGCCAAAGACCGACCACUACCACCCCAACCACCACUGAGCGAACAACGCCAACGACACCGACAACGACGACCGAAGACCCCAAUGUAUUCAGCUGCAGAAACCGAGAAAACGGUCUUUACCCGGUCCCGGAUGUCCAGUGUACCAAAUACUUUUAUUACUGCUCCAACGGGAUGGCUUAUCUUUAUGAUUGCCCUGUUGCUGGUACCAUCUUCUAUUAUGAGGCGUGCGUCUGUGAAUAUCCCGCCAACGUUCCCGGCUGCUACGGUUACGUUCCGGAGCCCUUCGCCAACGCUCUAAAGCGAAAGUUUUGAAUUUAACAACAUCUGGAAGAGUUGUUAUAAUCUACGGUGUGCUUUAAAAAUUGCAGAUAAUUAUUUGUCAAUUUCUGUUAUAUAAGUGCAGAAUCGGCGAAUAUUGGAUUGGCAAUGACAUGUAAAACUAUAUACUAAUUUUCUUAAACGCUUGUCAUAGAUAGUUGUUGAAUAUGGUGUGGUUUAAACGGAAAAGAAAAUUGCAAUAUUCAGUU